ACACGUAUACACACAUGCGCACACACACAUACACACGGAGCCCUGCUCGCGGAGUGGAGAGCGAGCGCGCAGAGAGGGAUAAACAGAGGGAGCGAGAGAGACUAUAGGAACGCAGUGGCUUGUGUGCGUGUGUUUGUGUGUGUGUGUGUGUUUGCGUUGCGCUCCGUGGUAGAAACGACUGCUGCUGGGGCGGAAAUGGAGGGGCUCGGGCACAGCGCUGGAAAUUGACGGAGCUACAGAGACGGAGAGAGAGAGAAAGAGAGAGAGAGGUAGAGGGAGAGAGAGAAGUCUGACAGAGGAGAGGAAGAGUGUGAAGAAGGGGCUCGUCUGGAACACAGAAGGAUCCUAAGGAGCGAGCCCUGGGCUGGAUGGGACCCACCAUGCCCCCCAGUAAGAAGGCCCAGAGCCCCAGUAGUGGAGCCAGUGCCUCACAGGGCCUGAGCCCUCCAUACCGGCAGGGGGACGGUGCCACGGCAGCCUCCGAGGCAGAGGCAGCCGACCUCUCCCUGUCCCUGUCGGCCUCCUUCUCCAAGGCCGAGGACGAGGAGCUCACGAGCCUGUCCUGGCUCCACGAGAGCACUGACCUCCUCAACAGCUUCAGCCACUCGGGGCUGCGUAGCGUCUCACCUCUGCAGGACCCCGACGGCCAGCGACCCCGCUCGCCCUCCUCCUUGUCUCCCUCCCCCGAUGACCCCCUGCUAGGUGACGGCCACUCUCCGUACGACCUUGCGGCGGGGGCCAACCGGAAGCCGCCGUACUCCUUCAGCUGUCUGAUUUUCAUGGCCAUCGAGGAUGCGCCAAACAAGCGGCUGCCAGUGAAGGAUAUCUAUGGCUGGAUCCUGGAGCACUUCCCCUAUUUCGCCAGCGCCCCCACAGGCUGGAAGAACUCGGUGCGCCACAAUCUGUCCCUCAACAAGUGCUUCAAGAAGGUGGAUAAAGACAGGAGCCAGAGCAUAGGUAAAGGCUCUCUGUGGUCCAUAGAUCCCGAGUACAGGCACAACCUGAUCCAGGCGCUGAAGAAGACGCCGUAUCACCCCUACUCGCCCGGCCUCGCCACCCCCUCCACCUCCCCGCCCACCCUGCCUCAGACAUAUCACCACAGCCCUCCACUGUGGUCGGGGAGUCCCCUCUUCAGAAAGAAUGGAGGAGUUCUCCUACAAGUUCCUCGGGGUGUGAUCCAAAAUGGCGCCCGUGUCAGGAGCCAGGCACUGUUUCCUGUCAUAAGACCCCUACCCAUAAGCCCUGUGGGGAGCAGAACCUCGGCCAUAAGAUCAGCCCUGGGAGAUUAUCUAAGCCGAGGAGAGGACAGUGCAUCCUGCUACUCCCCCCCGCCCUGCGGCGAGGACCUCCAGGAUGACCACACCUACAGCACCGCCAAAUCCCCCAGCAGGCUGUGCUCCUCCCAGGUCGCCGCCCCCUCCUCUCCCCUGGACGAUGACGACAUCAUCGCUGUCGAGAUCCAGUCUGACGUGAAACCCGAGCCACGGGAGAUCCCGCUGGAUUCACACGUCACCACUGCCGCCGCUACCUACAUUUCCCAGCAGCCCCCACGGGGACAGAGACGCACUUCAGGGCUGGGAGCAGGGACACUGGCGGGAAGCAGUUUGCCCUGGACCAAAAACCGAAUGAAGGGCAUUAGCGACACGCUGCCGCUGAAGAAGCGGCGCGCGGCAGCGGUGGAGAAACCGCCGGAGAGCGACGACGAGGAGAUGAAGGAGGCGGCGGGGUCGCUGCUCCACCUGGCAGGGGUCAGAGCCUGCCUCAACAACAUCACAAACCGCACCGCCAAGGGCCAGAAGGAGCAGAAAGAGGCCCUGAGAAACUAAGACACACACAUGCACGGACAGACACACACAUACAAAGACAUACAUAUAGUAUAUAGUCAUGCAAACACAUGCAGACACACACAGAAUAACACACACACAUGGACACAUGCACAAACACAGGCCAACAGGUAAUGUUACUGAAGCAUUAGUCUCAACGGACACUUCUCAUCUCCCUCUAUCUCUAUCUAUCUGCAGGGCAUUAGGUGAAUCCUACUUCUUUGUGGCAAUAUCAAAAAUCUCUGUUUUCCUACAUGUUCAGCAACACUAACAUCAGUGGGGUAUUUCUCAUGCGUCUUUGUUGUUUUUGUUGUUUAAAAGGGGAUGAAAGCCAUACAAAAGCAUGUUUUGUCAUUAAUUAGAACGAGUCGGACAUGACAAAACUGAAUCACAUUGAGGAGCGUAUAUGAACAGAAGAUGGCUCUUUGUCUUAUUGUUUAUUUAUAUGUGAAUCUGUAGCAAUCUUGCAGUGAUGCCAGCAAGAAAGCCGAGCCAGUGAGACAAGCCUAUUUAACAGACGUAGAGCUCUCUUGGCUGCUCACUUGCAUCACUCUCUACAUCCAUGAGCACAAAUGUGAGACUGUGCCAAAGAUAAGCGACCAGGUUGCUUCAUGUAGCCGAUAUGACAGCUAAAAUAAUAAUGAUGAUGAUAAUAAUAAUAAUAUUCAUGAUAAUAAUAAUGAUAAUAACAAUAAUAAUAAUAAUAAUAAUAAUAAUAAAACAGAAGGCAUAGUAAAGUCAGAGAGCUAGAAUAGAGAAAAACGACCGAAAGUGUCAAAAUAAUUGUAAAACCCAAUGUGAUAUAUUCAUGCACUUCAGAUUAUUUUACGCCACUUAGAAUAAAAGCAUCAUGGGUAAAGACAUGGUUUAUUUCGAGAGCACUCAUAGUAUUUAAGAAUAGUUAUAUUAAAGAAAAAACAUGGUCAUGUUUAUCACCAUAGAGAUGGAUAGUGUGCCGGGUCUGAGGCAAUAUCUCCUUCAUUUUGUCGUUGUUGUUGCAUAAUGUAAACGUCCCUAAAACUUUUCCAGUACUUCUGUCCAUAGACGUAGAUACCUGGUAUAGAUAUAGUAGCUAUCAGUAGCUACCACACCUGCCUAUUCAUUUUACAGUGUCAGAGAACUAUAUACAUGAACUGUGGGUUUAGAUUUCUGUUUGUAUCCGUUUACCCUCACUCUACCCUCAUAAAUAUAUAAGCAAUUUGUCCCCUGUGGACAACUCUGUAAAAAGGUUAGAAAAUAUUUUAUUUUUUUCCUUUCUUAAUUGAAGCAAUUUGACCUGCAGGACUUUCUCAGUUAUAUUGCAUGGGUGCUUGUAAAUAAGAUAAAAAGCAAAUCUUUUUUAUUCAAAGAUCAUGUAAGAUAAACAAUGUAUUUAGCAUGAAGCAUGACUUAUUUUCAUAUAAACCUUGAUCCUAGAGGAAAGAAAAAAAAAGUUUUGCCGCCAAUUCUUAUACCCUCGAUUACGUUCAAAUUUUAUUUUGAUUUUUUUUUUUCUUUUCUUUUUUUUUUUCUGAGCGGGCUUUCAAAGACACAUCUUCAGGGAGGAACGUGGGCGAUCACUCUGCAAUUGGAGGCCCAAGGGUGCCACCUCUGGGCUUCAAUUCAGGCUAUGUAGGCCAGCUGAAUCACCCUUUAGGGGUGGGCUUCAGUCUUCUUCUGCCUGUACAGUGACAUAGGUGUUCAAUGUUAAUCCCAGUGUUAUUUCAAAACAUGUCUGUAGAGUGUGUGAGUUUGCGUACCAAGGAACACACACCCUUUAACAUUGUGCCUGCCUGCCUGCCCUCAAUACCUCUGUUGUCAUGUCUCUGACAUGUUUUGACAGAAUGUUUCUUGUCUUUAUUUAUAACAGUAUUGUUAUUUUCUCCUCUGUGUAAAUGUAUAUGUGUCCUUAUUUUCCAUUUGGCAUUGUUCAGUGUAAAUGUAUGGAACAGCUGUGCAUGGGAGCCUGCAUUUGUUGGUGUCCUGAAGGAACCUCAUACCUCUGAAAAGGCCACUUGGACAGAACGGAAAAGGAGGAGGAAUGGAAAAGAUGGCUUAAAUUUAAAAAAAAUAUAUAUAUAUAUCUUAUUUACACCUCCAUAUUGUAACUCUUAAAUUAAAACGAAAGGGACAUGGAUGUGAAUUUUGCAUAGUUUAUCACAUAUUUAUCUUGAAAGGGUGAAACCUGGAGAUCUGAGGUGCAUUUCUUUAUCAGUUUUGCUACAGGUUACCUUUUAGACUCGCUGUACAAGUGUGUAUGUGUAUCUCAUUUAUGGUCAUGGGAAGCUGACUUGAUUGAAAUUCCCAGGGGCAGUAGCGAGUAGCAAGUGUCAAAAGUGAUAUGUUACAAUUACUGCACUGCCACUACUUGGUAUGCUUAAGCUGUAACAAAAAAUGCAUUAAACUAUAAUUUCUUUCCCUCACCUCCGGAGAUACAGUACAUAUAAUAUACAGUUGAGCUGGAUCAACUGAAUGGAAUAACAUCUUUGUGGGAGAAAGCAUACGCUGGGUUUGGUUGGAGAUUAUGUGCAGUGGUGUAGCAGCAGAGUCAGACGUGGUUUUGUUUGAGCUGAAUAGAUGCUGAAUGAUUGUCAGUGAGCCAAGCAGGCAAACAAAUGCAGACAUUUCUCGCAUGUCCCAUCCAUCGGUACAGUCUUACCACCUGUAGCAUGCAUCACUGGCUUUGCAUUUUGUAUGGUAUCCAUGCCAACGUUUAAAAAAAAAAAAAAAAAAAAAAAAAAAAAAGGCUGAAGGAGAUGCUGUCUGUGUCCUUGCUGUGUGCCAUUCGUUUUUCGUCUGAUAUCCGUCUGAUAUCUCAGUGCUCCCACAGGCCAGGUCAAGCGCUCUGCUGUAUUUGCGGUAACAAACCACUGUUGUGGUGACUAAUAAUGUGUUCAGUCAGCAAGAGGCAUGUCAAGGAGAGAAUGUGUUGCUUUAGCAACCACCUUUUUUCCUCUGACUCACUCGGUGACAUGCAGGAAAAAUGAACUCCUGACCCACGAGUCCUGGAAAAAUAGAGCAACACAAAAAGUAGGACAUUUAAGCAAAGGAAAUAUACUUCACUGCCUGAAAAGCCCCCCACCCCCCCCAAAAAAACAAGUGUUUCUUUCAAAUCUGCCAAACGUACAGUGCAGCACUCUGUAAAAUGGUUGCCAUUUUAUUUGUUGAUGUUUUUAUGAGCGUUUUCAUUUUUGUGUUUUGUUUUUUCUCUGACAAAAAUACCUACAAUACUGCCGUUCUUUUUGGUGACUGUAUGAGCUGAGUAUUUGAAAGCCAUAGGUUAGAGAUGUCAACAUGCAAAACUAUUAUUGAUAUGUGAGAUGUGAUGCAGAGUGCACCCAGGUGUUGGUUUUUCAGUAAAUGUUCAAUUCUCUCCUUAUUGUGCAAUCAUAUUGCCAAAGAACGAUUUCAGACUAUUUCAUCACUACAUGUAAAUAUCAACGUUGUCCAAUACUGUGGCAAAAAAAUAUAAAUGUUGUUUUAUUUUGUUUUCCAUUUUUCUGAAAAACUACAAUGAUGUUUAUGUGAUGUAUUGUCUUCCAGUUGGUUGCAAUAAUAAAAAAUACAAGUUGCA